AUGGAGUCGAUUGCUUGCGUUCAGCCAAGCGACGGUGCUGAUUAUGAAUGUAACGGGAAGAACUCGGGUCUCAAUGAGGUCGCAUUCGACUCCCAAAAGUGUGAUUACAGCAUAUACGGGAUCCUCAACUUCCUUCAAAGCGAAUGGACCAAAAUGUCAAUUGAACGUUCUCGUUGGGAAUUUGAGCGAGCUGAGUUGCAGUCAAGGAUAACCGUUUUACAAAACGAAAAAAUUGGAUGUGAAAACUUGAAGAGUGAUCUUGUUCGUCGAAUUAAAAUGCUUGAAUACGCACUGCAACAAGAAAGGUUUAAGAAUUAUUCCUUGAAGCAUCCGAAUGAACCCAACACUGACAACGGCUACAAGGAUAGCCAAGAAGGUUCCGCCAAAAGAGAUGGAUUGAGUACACUUGAACGCGCUCGUUUGCGAGAGUACUUGACACGCAUUGGAAUGAAAAAGUUGUCGAAUGAAAUGAGAGCUGCUAAGGUGAAGGAAUUGUUAGGCAUUUCGCCAAACAGUGAAACGUUAGCCUCAGAAAUUGGUUAUCUGGCUCCAAAUUUAUCAUCCGACCCUCGAGAGGAUGGUGCUUUAACUAAGUUCUGCCUGAACUCCGGUGAUGACUCCACCGGUGCACACGAAGAGGCGGCCAGCGCUCUCGCAGAAUUUGACAAACUCGUUGCACAGCAGGGUGGUGAUGUGAAUGCUUCAGUUGAUAUAGAUAUUCUCGCUGAUUCCUUCACUGUCAACAUCAUGGAACCACCAAGAAGUUGGACGUCUGGCGACCAAUCCGCUUUUGUCGAUCGACUGAAGGAGCAUUAUCGGCUGGGCCUACCGAUCAACCGGGUCUCGCAGUCGCAGCAGUCUAAACCCUCAUUCUCUGAGGAUAUCCCCAUUCCACCACACGCCUACGACGAGAUGGAGCUCUUUGUCAGUCAAGGCCGUCGAUUUCAGUCCCACACUACCUCCAGCAUCAGCAAUACGCAGCAAGGCUUGUCGGGAGGCGUGCUCCUUGCAGCCGCCCGAGCUGCCGAAGACAACGAUGGUAGCGGUAGCAGCAGUGGUGGUCUAGGCGAUCUAGCUAGUCUUACUUCCGCCUCGGCACUGGACAAUCUAGACGGAGUUGUCCAGACUGCCUCACAACAUUUUCACCAACAGCAACUACUUCUCCUUCACGCUGUGGAGGGGGCCGGAGUAGGUGUCGGCGUUGGCGACUACGACGAUGAUGCGAUUGCAGCAGCGGCCGCCAAGGCGUCACCUGCCUGGACAGCCAAGUACACAUUGAGGGGCCAUUUUGACGCCAUUAGGGCGGUGACUUUCCACCAUGCGGAUCAGAUCCUCCUCACGGGCAGUGAGGACUGCACUCUCAGGGUGUGGAGUCUUGCAAAGAGGGUGCAGGCUAAGAAAUCCUCCUGUUUGGAUGUUGAACCGGUGAGAUUUGUUUCUUGCGCCGAUAUUGAUUGUCCACUCGCUUCCCAAAGCGAAUCAAAUAGGAACCAUUGGGAAUUGUGGAGUGAUCACUACUCACCCUCGGGUUUGACUUUCCCUCUGAUGCAGGUGUACACCUGCCGGGGUCAUACUGCCCCUCUUCUCUGCGUAGCGCUGCUCAGCAUCUCGCCGGCAGGCAAUGAUAACAUCGCUUCCGGCCGCAGUAGCCCCUUAGAGACCGCUCUGGAGCUAAACUUUGCCUUCUCCGGCUCGCUAGACGGCGAGAUCCGCUCCUGGCGCCUCGGCGGUCUCCAACUCAUGCUCUACGAGGCCUUUGAUCCCAGCGUUGGUGGGCCCCUGUUGAAGGGUCAUUCCAACGCUGUCUGGUCCAUUGCUGCUCGCGCUGACGGCACAGUAUUGUCUGCCUCAGCCGACGGAACCGUUCAAUUGUGGAGCACAUUUCCAGCCUUGCUGCAGCAACCGCAGCAGGCUUUCAAGCGCGAUACGCGGGUGCUUUCCGCCGACCGGGUCUUUCGACCUCUCUCUGGCGCGCAAGCCACCACCACCUCUACUGUGCCCACCUCAGUUCUCUUCCUCCCCUCUGAUGACUCCGCUUUUGCCGUUGGAUUGACCAGCGGCGACGUCUGUGUCAUCCAUCUGGAAACCGGAAAGCAGAUACACUUCUUCGAGUCGACACCAUCCAACUCAGCCGAUGUGGCAGAACCACCAGGCUCAGUGAACGCGCUGGCUGUACACCCCACCCUUCCACUGCUCUUCUCGGCCCACGAAAACCGCCAAAUACGUUUCCUGGACACCGCGCAGGGCACCUGCCUACACAGUAUGGUUGCGCAUCUCGAGGGCGUUACCACCCUGGCCGUCGAUCCACGGGGUCUUUUUCUCCUCUCUGCCAGUCAUGACGCAUCCAUUCGUCUCUGGGACGUGGAGACACGAACCUGUGUGCAGGAGUUCACCAGCCACCGAAGAAAGCAUGACGAAUCGAUCCACUCGGUGACCUUCCACCCUACACUGCCGCUAAUUGCCAGUGCGGGCGCUGACGGGCUUGUGAAAGUCUACGUCUGA